AGAAGGUCGGGCAGGCGCGCGCUGGAGGUGGAGGUGCUAGUGGCGGUGCGGGCGGCGUGGUGGCAGCAGCGGGGCCAGGAUGGUGAAGCUGACGGCGGAGCUGAUCGAGCAGGCGGCGCAGUACACCAACGCCGUGCGGGACCGCGAGCUGGACCUGCGGGGCUAUAAAAUCCCCGUCAUCGAGAAUCUGGGCGCCACUUUAGACCAGUUUGAUGCCAUUGACUUUUCUGAUAAUGAAAUCCGGAAACUGGACGGUUUUCCUCUGUUGAGAAGACUCAAAACCUUGCUGGUGAACAACAACAGAAUCUGCCGUAUCGCUGAGGGGCUCGAUCAGGCCCUGCCCUGCCUCACUGAGCUCAUUCUCACCAACAACAGCCUCGUGGAGUUGGGUGAUCUGGACCCCUUGGCCACACUGAAAUCACUCACUUAUCUCAGCAUCCUCCGGAACCCUGUGACCAACAAGAAGCACUACCGGCUCUAUGUCAUCUACAAGGUCCCCCAGGUCCGAGUCCUGGACUUCCAGAAGGUCAAGCUGAAAGAGCGUCAGGAAGCAGAGAAAAUGUUCAAGGGCAAGCGGGGUGCGCAGCUUGCAAAGGAUAUUGCCAGGAGGAGCAAAACGUUUAACCCUGGGGCCGGUCUGCUGACGGACAAGAAGAAAGGGGGGCCCUCGCCGGGAGAUGUGGAGGCCAUUAAGAAUGCUAUUGCCAACGCAUCCACCCUGGCUGAAGUGGAACGGCUGAAGGGCCUGUUGCAGGCUGGACAGAUCCCCGGCAGGGACCGCCGAGCAGGCCCUGCGGAUGACGGUGAGGAGGAGAUGGAGGAAGACACAGUGGCAAAUGGGUCGUGAAGAGUGUCUGCGCCCCCCGGGGACCGGCUUGGAGCAGGUCUCUGCCAGCAGUGCCUGGUGGUAUGUGGAUAGGCUCGACUCGCCAAGACUGUCUUCAUUUCACUCAGGGGUCGCCUGCUGUGACCUGC